AAAUAUGGAUCAUGUAACCUAAAUCCCUGACUUUUUUGCAAUUUAGAAAUUGCUUUAAAAAAAAAAAAUAUUUAGGAAAACCUGUCUGCCAUGGUGGCAGGUGACAGCCAACAUUUGCCUUGUAUUUGGAAGGUGGCAGGUGCUAAUUUCAUUCACUGGUUGGAAUUAACAAAUGACACAUAAAGAACCUUGAACUGUAAUAGGGCCUGUAAUGUCAGUGUGAGCAGUCAUCUGUAAUGUCAGUGUUCAUCCGAGCCGCCAGGUGGCGCUGUGGCCGGCAGACUAACAUCCGCUGAAGACAACUGCUGCCAAAGAAGAAGAAGAAGAAGCCGUCGACAGGAAGCGGAGCUGCGUCUCUGGUGUCUCUGGAAGAUUCAGCUCAAAACAAGUCUGUGUUUUGUCUCUUGUCUUGUUUGCGCUUGUCUUAACUCACGGAAAAGCCUCUUAUUCAUCUUCUAAAUGUGACUAUUGUUGUUUUUAAGCACCGUGUGUUCGCUGCUGGUGUGUUAGUGAGCCACACAGCGCCCGUUAGCUUAGCUUAGCAUCAGUUGAUACUGAAGAUGAACCUGGUGAAGAACCGGACUCUCCAUCCUCACCUGCGGGACGAGGAGGCUCUGGUGGUGAAGAACCGGACUCUCCAUCCUCACCUGCGGGACGAGGAGGCUCUGGUGGUGGAGAACGCGAUCCGUCUGGCGAUAGACUCGAUCAUCAACGUGUUGUACGGAGUGAACAGCAGCAGAGCUCACCAGUACCAGCGGCUGGUGGCCGACCGGGACAAAGAGAUCCAGCGGCUGGAGGGACGGCUGACGGACAGCGAGACCGAGCUGCAGCUGCUGCGGCGGAGGGGAUGCUCCUGCGGGCUGUUCGGAGGAGAUCACAGCCUCCCAGUGGGAUGCCAGACCUCCUGUGAUCCACUACAGACCUCCUGUGAUCCACAACAGACCUCCUGUGAUCCACAACAGACCUCCUGUGAUCCACAACAGACCUCCUGUGAGCACCAGACUGGAGAGCAGGAUGGGUUUGAGCCAGGCUGCAUCAUGGACAGUGAGAUGACAGCAGAGCAGCAGGAGUGUGAAAUGAGCAUCUCAUUGGGCCUUUUCGCAAGACCCCCCUCACGUGUCUCCUCCCAAAGCCACGAGUCCGCUCUUCCGUCAUCCCCCAGCAGAAUGGGCCUGGACCAGUCCUGCACCUCCCACUCCCCAGAGUCCUUAGGUGUAUCAGAGGCAGUCAGGAAUCUGCCUACAUCUCCCAGCAGCAUCGUCAUCAAAGAGGAGCCGUGUGAUAUCGACACAGUUCUAAUCAAGUGGGAAAUGAGUGAAGACAGAUUCAGGGACUAUCAGGAGAGCACAGGCAGUCCACGUCAGGACACAGACAGUCCCAGUGUACAAAAACAACUGGAGAACAUAGAGAGAACACUCAGGGAUAUACCUCAUGCAGAUCCAGGCGGACAUUGCGACCCUCACGAAGAACACCUGAGGAACAAGAAGAAGGGUGUGCCGAUGUCAGAGCUGACGGAGGAGGCUCAGAGAUUGAAGAGGGCAGCCUGGAGAGCAGCUUCCAGGCGGUACUACGCCCGAAAAGUAGCCCGCCAACAGGCAAACCCCUCACGCGCCGGCUCUGGCCCCUUCCCCUCACGCUCCGGCCCUUUCCCCUCACGAUCCGGCCCCUUCCCCUCACGCCCUGGUCCCUUACCCUCACGCUCCGGCCCCUUACCCUCACGCUCCGGCCCCUUACCCUCACGAUCCGGCCCCUUACCCUCACGAUCCGGUCCCUUCCCGUCACGCUCUGGUCCCUUUCCCUCACGCUCCGGCCCCUUACCCUCACGCUCCGGCCCCUUCCCACACAUUACAGACUCCCGGUAUUCACAACCCAUCUCUUUUGCGGAAAAGAGAAGGAGGACGCUGAUAUCAGAGUUACCUGAAGAGUCUCAGUCGCUGCAGAGGGAGGCUUGGAGAGCGGCGUCCAGGAGGUACUACGCUCGAAAAAAUGCUCCCCACGAGACCGAGCCCACGCAGUAUGCACACCUGCUCCAGAACAUAGCGCCGUCUGGAGAAACAGUGGAACCUAACAGAGGAGGAACCCAAACCAACAGUGGAGGAAUAUUGUGCAGCUGAUAGUAAUGUUGUUCAUGAGUUUUUCUAUUCUGUAUAUUUAAAGGUUUAUUUCCUUGUGUAGAACUCAGGGCUGCACAAUUAAUCGAAUAUGAAUCGUGAUUACAAUUUUAGCUUCCCACAAUUAAAUGAGCAUGAUCGCCCCGAUAAUGACAUUUAUAAUACGUGCUCCGCUCAUAGAAAACUCUGCUGCAUUAAUCAACAGCUAGAGAUGCACCAGCCGAUCGAAGCCAGUCUCAUAUAUCCGUUUUUUUACCGGUGAAACACACGUGCAGCCGCCACAUGAUGGUUUUACGUUGGGGCACAGUCAGUAACGUCGGUGUGUAAGUUCUUCAGUGUGAGCGAAGAAGACAUAAAACUGCAAUUUGUCACAACUGCAAGUCCUAAAUAAGCUGUGGAGGAACAACCUUAAAUUAGUCAUAAACCUAAUUGUGUUAGAACGUAACCGCCAGGAAACAAUCAGAAAAUAACGUUUUAUAUCUCGUGAUUUGCUGCUUUGUUUUCACUGCGGUCCCUCUCUCAAUUCACUCUAUAGCUCGCUCGACCAUCGCUGGUCUUUCCCUCCCUUCCUCGCUUGUUGGGCCGAUGAAGAUGAGCCAACUUUGAAUGCCUUGUGUUUACAAACAGCAACCGACAACGGUUACAUGUUAUCUUAUUAUUUUGUAAUUCAUUCCUGUGAUGCAGCACUGAGCUACGCAGCUCCUUUAGGUG